AUGUCGUGGAAGAGGAACUACUUUGCUUCAGGCAGCAGUGGGCUGCAGGGCAUGUUCACCCCUCGUACCAUGACCUCCAUCGCUCCCAGCAAAGGCCUUAGCAACGAACCGGGCCAGAACAGCUGCUUCCUCAACAGCGCCCUACAGGUCCUAUGGCAUCUGGACAUCUUCCGCAGAAGUUUCCGGCAACUGACCACUCACAAGUGCAUGGAGGACUCUUGUAUUUUCUGUGCUCUUAAGAGCAUCUUUGCUCAGUUCCAGUACAGCAGCGAGAAAGUUCUUCCCUCGGACGCCCUACGCAGCGCGCUGGCCAAGACCUUCCAGGACGAACAACGCUUCCAGCUGGGCAUCAUGGACGACGCUGCCGAGUGCUUCGAGAAUCUCCUGAUGCGAAUUCAUUUUCACAUCUCAGAUGAGACCAAGGAGGACAUCUGUACAGCCAAACACUGCAUCCCACAUCAGAAAUUCGCGAUGACUCUCUUCGAACAGUGUGUGUGUAACAGCUGUGGAGCCACAUCAGACCCUCUACCCUUUAUUCAGAUGGUGCACUAUAUCUCUACCACCUCUCUCUGUAACCAGGCCGUACGUAUGCUGGAGUGCAGGGAGAAGCCCACGCCCGACAUGUUCGGGGAGCUUCUCCGCAACGCCAGCACGAUGGGCGAUCUCCGCAACUGUCCGAGUAACUGUGGAGAGAUGCUGAGGAUUCGUCGUGUUCUGAUGAAUUCCCCUGAGAUCAUCAGCAUAGGGCUGGUGUGGGACUCAGAUCACUCUGACCUGGCGGAGGAUGUCAUCCACAGCCUGGGCACCUGCUUACGCCUGGGGGAUCUGUUCUACAGGGUGACGGACGACCGGGCCAAGCAAUCAGAGCUCUACCUAGUGGGCAUGGUGUGUUACUACGGCAAGCACUACUCCACCUUCUUUUUUCAGACCAAGAUCCGCAAGUGGAUGUACUUCGAUGACGCGCACGUCAAAGAGAUUGGGCCCAAGUGGAAGGACGUGGUGGCGCGGUGUAUAAAAAGCCAUUAUCAGCCUCUGUUACUGCUCUACGCUGACCCUCGCGGGACCCCAGUGUCUUCACAAGAUGUGCCAGCGCAACUCGACCUGCAACACUGCAGCAAGGCUGGCUACGACAGCGAAGACUCUGGACGAGAGCCAUCCAUUUCCAGCGACACGCGCACGGAUUCAUCCACAGACAGCUACAGCCACAGGCACUCCCGCUCACACCACGAGUCUACGACCAGCCACAUCUCCUCCGACUCUCAGGGCACUGUGGUGUGUAACCCAGACAACGCCGGCUCCCAGAGCAGCAUGGAUACAGCAGGUGAUGCUCUGAAAGAGCCGUCCACUCCUCUGUCCAACCCUCGACCCUCGGGCUCCACAGGGCGUCUGCAGGACUAUAAGGAGACCGUCGGGAUCAUGAUGCACAGCCGACCCCUCUCCUCUUCGUCGAGUUCCGGAGUGGGGGGUUCUGAGGCUGGGGUGCGAGGACGGGACUGGGAGGACGAGAGCACCAGCAGUGAGUCGAAAUCCAGUUCCUCCGGAGGACGUUACAGGCCGUCUUGGAGGCCCAGGAGAGAGGCCUUGAACAUCGACAGUAUCUUCAGCCGCGAGAGACACCGACCAGCAGCCUACGCCACACUGGGGGCAUCCCCUGUGCCCGAGGACACGGGUCCACAGAACGAACCGGUCGCAGGGGCCGGUGCAGAGGGCCCGGGCGCGGAGGGGGUUAAUGUGACAGAUGGGGCGCCAGUCCUUUCCGAAUCUGCGGCAGAACGUUUGCCGGUGCCUCCUCCGCUGCGAGGGAUAGAGCACCAACCACGGCUGAUCCAGAGGAUGGAGAGCGGAUAUGAGAGCAGUGAGAGAAAUAGUACCAGCCCUGUGAGCAUGGACAUGCCCCUGAACGAAAACAACGCCAGCGCAACAGCACACAGGGAUGUUGGACCGAAGAGACCUCUGACCUCAGGGCCUUCUUGGCGCACAGUGCCCAAGUCCAAAAGCAGCAGUGCCAUCCUCCAAGACCUCAGAUCACCCAGCUGGAGCAGCAGUCCCAUCAGCUUUGGCGAAGGUCGCAGCGAGCUGGAUGAGCUGCAGGAGGAGGUGGCUCGUCGGGCCAGACAGCAGGAGCUCCAGCGGAAAAAAGAAAAGGAGAGAGAGGCGGCCAUGGGCUUCAACCCCAAACCCAGCAAGUUCAUGGACCUGGAUGAAUUACAGCACCAGGGGAAAAGGGGCAAUUUUGAGCGCUGCUUGGCUGAGGUGGACUUGCUCUUAGAGCAGUCACUACGGCUAGAGCAGGCAGGGGAUACAUCCGCCGCACUCGCUCUCUCUCACCACGCUGUGUCUAAACUAAGAUUUUCCAUGCAUGAGGGCAGUGCUAACACUCAUAGCAGGACUGUCGCUGCCGAAGCCAAACUGCAAAAAUGCAUGGGGAGAGCUCGGGGUCUACAGCAGCGCAUGCAACAGGAUCAGGAGCCCGGCCGCCCCAUGGGGCUCUCCAGUGAACAGCCUGGCCCGGUCCAAGUACUGCUGACAGACAAUCCGGAAGAGGUCUGGGAAGCCAAUCAGGACUCCGCCUUUGGCACGCCCUCUCCUCUCCACACAAAGCCACUCCCUUCCUGUUUAAACUCGCCCUCUCGUCCCCUGAACCGCCCAUCAGUCAACAGUCCCCGCCCUACCCCAGCUCAGCCACACCCUCAAGGCCACGGUCAGGGCACUGAUUGGCCAGUGCAGGAGGAAGAGAGAGAGUGGGAAGGCAUAAGACUGUCCGAUUUGCUCCAGGCGUCUGGCGUGAAGAUCCGACCCAUCCGUAAACACCUGGCUAUCUCCCUGCCCUCUCUGCCCUUAGACUUUUGGAGCCUUUUAGGGGAGGACAGAGAGCAGGUCCAGCGUCAGCAGCCCUCUGCUUCCUCUGCAACCCCUCAGAGACAGGGCAUUUCCGACUGCCCAGAUUGGAGCUCCCAUCAAAGCAGUACACCUCCUGCCCCUCCGAAAUCACCACAGCCUGAGCAGAAAGGUCAGGAAAGGCCCAAGCCGCCCUUUUGGCAACCUUUGCGCACUCCUCUGCAGUCGCACUCUUCCGUCCAAUCCCUCUCCAGCUCGAGGUUAGCCCCUCCCACCUCCGCUUGUCAUUGGUCCUCAUGGAGCCUGGACCGCCCUGAUGCCGUCAUCACGACCUACGAGACGCCAUCAGAACAACAGAACCAUCCGGAAGGACCCUCCCCUUCUUAUGGUCCCUAUGCUUCUAGCAUCACUGGACGACUUCUCUCCCCACAUCAUGCUGCCAGUUCCAGAAAUAACAACGUCGCUAAGUACUCCACUUCCCAGCCUGCCCUGACUCUGGAGCUGGAACCAAAGGAGCCUGAAGACCAGGAGCUGUCUGAGCUGGACUCGCUUUACCGGGCUAGUCUGCAAGCAGGACCGGGCCCUAGCCGAGCUGGCAGAGCAGGUACUUUGAGCCCUGGGCCAUAAACCACAGUGCCACCUGCAGCACGAAAAUUACUUUCUGGAGUCGGUCGCUCUCGCACCCCCACGGCCGAACUCGAGAGAACGGCUUACAGACCUCCCGGCUGUGGCAGCCCCCCCACCUAUGUGAACGUGCCGUUCUCAGUGACCAAUCGGGAGCCGCGGUCCGGACGGGACGAGUCUUACGACGCCAGUCACCUUCAUCGUAUCGCUCGCAGCCUGAGCGGGACCGUCAUCGGCCGACGCCAGGACCGCCUCAGCGUCUCCCAAAGCUUUCUUGCUCCCAUAAUCCUCAUGUGUCUCCAUCGGAUGUUCAUCAGCUCCAUUCUUAUCAUCACCAUCAUCAUCAUCAUCAUCCCCCUUCCUCUUCAUCACCCCUCUCCUGUCAGCCUGGGCCCUCAGUGGGACCCCCAGAGAGUCGCCGAGUUUCUGGCUGUGUUUGACGGGCGUCAAGCUCUCGCCGAUGGGAAGUACCACAGUUUUGCACUGACCCGCGGCUCUCUGCCCAGCGCUUCCCAGAGGGCCGACUCGCUGGCGUCCUCCCCCGACCCUCCCUGGACCCGCUCAGGCCGAGCCUGGUACUCCCGCUCCCGUGGUCCCCCUCAGAGGCAUCUGGUCUAUCCCACCCCGUCCUUCCGGCCACGCCCUCCGGAGCAGCCCUGGAGGGCGCGGUGGAGGACGGACGCAGGCCUGAGUCUGUGUGUCUCUGAGGAACUGCUCCAGCUCUGA